AUGCUGGGGAGAUUGAUUCAAGGCUACGCCAGAGGUAGCCAGCUCGAGAGCACUACAGAAGAAAUACACACCCGCAGUCUGCUCUGGCCAGAAGUGCACGCGGACGGACGUGCCAGUUCUUUAUCACCGCCAACCACCCCAUACGGCUCCCCUACGGCCCGGGUCUCGCCGUUCGAUGAUCGAGUUGGGCUUGAGCUGAACGAAUCCAAAGACUUGAGGCUAAUUGUCGCCCAAGAUGCUUUCGGAACGAAUGACCGUCCUUUGCUGCUCUUUGACACCCACUUCGUCGAAUCUAAGGAGCCGAACUUGUGCCAACGCACAAAUGCGUCCGUUGCUGCUGCCCCUGGAGCGCCUCAUCGCGCCGGGCCUGGCAUUCCCAUUCUCGGACAUAUGAGGAAUCGAAGUUCUACCAUUUCAGGAGUGUCGGCGUCUUGGGCGCGCCCUCACAAGGAGACGGAGCCGACGGAUCACCUCGGCAACGUUCUAGACUGCAUGUUUGGCGUCAGCAGUGCCACAAAAUCUGGUUCCAGCACAAAAUUACACUUCCUUCCGGGAGACCGGGGUCCUGCAAGCGACCUAAGUUCACGUACACCGUCCUCAAAUCUGCCCAGCACAACGCCUUCUCGUGCUCCCCUGUUGCGGGCGAGGACAGCUACGACUGCUGUCAACAACCAAGGCCAACCCAACCCUCCAAGAGAAUCUGAACCAGAGCCGCGGGACGCUAUUCUGGUCACUCGCAUGUUUUCGGUCGCGCUUCCCGACGCUCAGGACGAUUUAAGACAGCGCCGAAGGUCUUCUGCUGACCCGUCUAAUUCAAUCAGUCCGCUUUCGCAUGGCCUUGAGCACCAAUCGGGCUCCCCCGUGCAAAGCAAGAAACCGAAGCUCGUAGAGAAGAAGAUUCCAGUCUUUGCGAUUGGCCUACUUUUCUACUUGCCCCGCCCUGGCGACGUACGUCCGACCACUUCAUCGGCUCGCCCACCAUCAAGAGCCUCAUUUACGCCGUCAUCGACUCCAAAUUCUCAAGGAUCGGGUUCCUUUUCGUCCUGGACGGUCUUGAACGCCAUCCCCGAGCACCUUUGGUCCAACGAGGCCGCUUCCAGCCAGUUGACCGACCGUGGCAUCGACACCAUUGUCAGGAAUUGGGAGGUCGUUCUAAGGAGCCUCGCUGUCGUUGAGACCCUAGCCCGCGCCGAGAUUGCCGAGCUUUUGCAGGAGGUCAACUUGGCGUUGAUAACCUCCGCUGCCAAAGCACCAAAAGGUCCUUCGGAGCAACGUACAAAUCAGCGUAACGUCUAUCUUCGGUCUCCAAAUAGACUGGCGCAAGUGUCUCAGCUACAACGCGCCGCCAGGCAUACCUUAUGGAGAGUUUCGUAUGCGCUGCGUAUACCCCGUGUUCUUACCGGCUUAGGUCUUGACAACGGUGGCCAUUGGCUUGACGAGGCACGCUAUCUUGUCCGAAUCUGCGGGAAUAAACAGCAAAACUUCUUUCUCUUCAAUCUCUUGACUGCGUUUCUCGGAAAUCAUACCGAAUGGCUCGAAAGGUUGGGGCCAGACUGGUAUCGAAGACAAUUCAGAGCGUUAAACAAAGGGAAAGCUCGACCCAGCAACCUUGCCUCUCGAACCGUCAUAAUCUGCGACAACCGAUCAACGGCUCGCCGAAUUAUUUUUUUACUGGCAUCUUUUUUACCACGGAACGCAAUCACGAAGCUUCCAACCGAGGUCAUGUCGCCCCUCCUUACACCUGAUAUCAGCUCCUCUUCGCCAUUCAACAGAAUCCUCAACGAAGGUUUGCUUCGUCGCCAUGCUCAUAAUAAGUCUCGAGAUGGGACUGCCACAUCUUAUCGUCGUGAUGGUGCUGGGUUGUCCAGUAGCGUCUCGUCUUCUGAGAGCGUCAGUGGCAUCGCCCAAGCCUUCCGUGGAAGCUCUCGGUCGAGGUUCUCAAACGCUGAACUUACCACUGGCCUCAGACACGCAUCCGUGUUUUCCCCAGCGGAUAACGGUGGCCAUGUCCACAAAACAGAUGCUACUAGUUCGACAGCCACGCCUGGUAUUGGUACACCUGUGCCGCACUUUGCGACAAAGACUGAUGACAGCUACUUUCCUGAAGGCGCAGUCAUGGAUAGUCAAGAGACUGGUGCCAGCGCUGAUCUUGCGCGAAUCUUGAGGCGAGACAGCGUGAGUCAGUCACAGUCCCACCAAUCGAGUAUGAACUGGGGCUCGUUAAUCAGUAAUGUCUCUGGACUGUGGAACAGAAGACAAGACUCGACCGCUUCGACAAAUGAGAUCGCAAGCACGUCUACUACUGGGAGCUUAAGCGAUCGCCGCAAACUUGCUCCUAGAUCAGUACCAAUCCACGGCAGACGGCCAAGCCAAUUGGAAGCCCUGGUUGAUGAAGUCGGUCGCCUCGGAAAGAGUAAAAUGCUCAGUCCAGAAGGCGACCCCGCAAUGUUGUGCCGGCCGUCCACAUUUCCAAGUGAAGUACAUCCACCACGGCUCACCGUCGACGAGAAGGACGGAGUGGUUGAUGUGGAUAUAAACAUUCCUGGUUUCAUAGGCUGGAAUGAAGGCAAAGGCUCUUCUCCUCCAUCAUGGCUGCUUCAUCGUUCCCCGUCAUUUGCGAGUGCGGACGAAGCUGGUUCAUCGUACAGCUCACAUUCACAUCGCGGCGACUUGACGGGGUCGAAAACUCCAAAUGUCGCGGGCUAUCUAAAACGAUAUCACGAAGACUUUAUUCUACAAGGAGUCAAGUCUUACCCCGAGUUUCAAGAGGAAAUCAAACAAAGCAUGUCAAGAGAACCAACUCCUAGUGAUGACAUAUCGGCUUCCCUCUCAGACACGCACAACGGAGGGGAAAGUUGGGUUAAUGUUUGUACGACAUUAAUUGCUGACUUUCGGACUUUUAGCAUUCAACGUCUGACCUUGAGGCGGUUGGCGCAACAAGGGCCUGGAGGCGGUGCUCCUGCCAGCACUCAGAGCCAGUCAAAAUCGGAGAACGCCACGGGAAUCUCAGUGGCAUCAUCUAGCGACCAGUCAGGGUCGACAAUAACUCAGCCGGAGCAGUUCGAUAGUGAAAUAGUUAUGGACUUCGACACCACUCUUACUGAUGCAAUCGAACGCGUUCUGAACGAGACAGAGCCGGGGAAACACAAGUCGGUUACGCAAAGCAGGACACACUCCCGGACUGUGUCUGCCGCCACGACUUCUUCUAUCAAGUCAUUGCCGUUAGAGAUUUCGGGCUCCAGGAAAAUGAGGGACUGGCCUCGCACAUCUGUGCUGUCGCAGUCAGAUUGCCGACAAGCAGUGGUGGGCGCUCUCGAGGAGGUCGUGAAGAGCGUCAACGAUGACUUGGCCAAGCACAACAAAGGCCGAGACGCUGACGGACACGUCAAGAUCAAUGGUGAUGCCUUGAAUCAGGAAAUGAAGCAAGAUAAUGUGCUACGCGAGGGAGUGAAGAAGUGGCUGCUCAACGUCGAAACGAGGAGCGUGUGGUAA